CCAGUUUGUUUCCGCGUAGCUGAAGAAGCUUGUGGGUUAUCGUUGCUGACAGGCUAAUUUACGGAUUUUCUCCUCCAUUUCAGCUGUGAUUCUCUCGUAAAUUAUACAAAAACCAAACGUUGUUUUCUUUCUAAGGGGUCUGAUUGAUGUUUAACCAAUUCAUUCAACGAGGGAUCUCCAUUCAGAAUUGUAUCGCUGGCAACUCUGGGCUGAGAGUAAAUCUGUCAAAUUCUUGUUGCUCGAACACCUGUCGCAAUGGCACAAUGACCGAGCAAUUAAAUAACAACGAAACUCUCUUUUCUUUCGAACUAUUGGUGGAAUAUAUCAGAAUAGACAAAACCAGAAAAUGUCUCAAUUAUUCAGAUGAAUUAGCCCUCGGUGUGAGACUACUGGACUUCCCAACUCUGCUCAUCUAUCAACCAGAAACGUCUACUCCACUGCUAGCUCAACGGCACCACGAGGACAUUGAGAAGGAAAACCAGCUCUAUCAAGCCCACGACACGUUUAAAUACCCUUUCAACAAAGGCAAGUCGUGUUUGUUCAAAACCCACCUGGACUCCCUCCACACCCACCUUUCUAACACUCCUCUGCAUGCCGUGGUCCUGGAUAUGAGGGGAGAGGUUCCCACGUUGAUAGGCAGCUCGCUGGUGUCUCUGGUCAGGUUGAUAGACUGUAUCAGGUGUGAUGUGGAGGUUCAUGGUAUCUCCUCUCCCUCUUCCCAAGGAGAGAGAGGACUUGUUGAUUUAUUUAAUCUCAUGGGAGAGAAAAUAGGUGUUCUUUCUUUGGGAUAUAAUCUGUUAAGUCUGGGAAGUAGUUCAUUACCACAUAUACCUGAUAACAGGGUAUUGCCAGUUGGUAUUACACACGGGACGGAAUCUAUGAAACCAAUAGAACAUUUACCGGUCGAUCGUGGGAAAGGAACGAUGCAACCACUUGACUUGGACAUUGACAACAGGCCUUCCAAGGUCCUUUAUCAGAAUAUUCAUAUAAAUGACAAGCCCAGUGAGAUAGUGGUGUCAGAAGCACUGCAGACUGUUCCAGUUUCAACUGGCACUCAAACAGAACAUUCUAGAAGCAAGCAGCAUCACCGAACACUCAGAGUGGCUGCUAUCGAUGAGGAGCAUGAUGAGGGAAGCCUCUGUGUUCAGCCCCCACCUCUUUACUACAGCAGUUCUGUAGAACAACAACAGGAGAAUGAACCAGGCCACUACAGGGUGUUAGACAUGGAGUCUCUCAGGGUAGAGGAUCUGGACUUGGGGAAUGAGGAGACACCUGAUGAGACACAGGUUCCUGCUACAGACCACAAGUGUAGACAGAGACAGGAUGUGGUUAUGGAGUCUAGAGGCAGGGAAGAGAGGGGACAGCACCAAUCCCAGCAGACGGCAUCUAUCUUAGGGGAGGCUCUGAGACAUUUCCCUCUAUUGAACACCUUGCUAGUUGAGCUCGCCCAGCUGAGUGGACAGAGUCAGACCCAGCUACAGCAGCUCUUUUCAGUCCACCCCAACCUAGCAUGGAUCUACAGGCCACUGACAGAGCCUUCUAAUGGACAGGCGGACUGGCCUCAGUCCCAGGUCCUACGAGACACCACAACAUCACCACAGAGAGGCAGGCAGUCUCCUUGCCCAGUGGUUCCUGAACUAUGGGUCGGACCUAGCCCCAGAGUGAAGAACAGGCCUCUUCAGGAACAAUGCAGCACUACCACACAAAGUUCUAUCAGAAAAACAAACAGGGAGAAUACAAUGAGUGGCAAUACAGUGUCCAAGUCCUCUCCCAAGAAGAAGUUAGGUUUUGGAAUGACAAAAACAUUCCGCCUAAGAAUGAAGCAGGUUCAACCUUGUGGGAUGAAAUGCCACCUCCAUGAGUGCAGAAAGCAACAGACAGACAAACAGACACUCAAGACCAAGGGUCAUAGCAGGAAGUCCAACAACACUAACAGACAAACGGAUAGACCUAUAGAUGGGAGGAAGCUACUCAAUAGGAAUGAUAUUCUAAAUGAGGACAUUGCGACUUCGAUAAGUAGCCUAGACAGAGACCGUGGACGGCAGGGAAACAUCUCAACAGGAACCCAGCAGGAACUAACAAACACAUUCACAACUAGUGUCAAUGCAGAGGAUUUUUACUGUAAGAGAGAUGACUCCUCCCAAAGAUUACCAAAACAGAAACCAUCAUCCCAUUCCAAGCAGGACAGUCACAGUAAACGGUGGGUGCAUUUUCCCAGUGUUGGUCACACAGAGGAGGUGUUACAGAGUGGAGAGUACGACCAUGCUGACUCUGACAGCAGAGGGGACGGGGAUGAGACUCCAAGAGGCUCCAAACCCAGACCACACUUUUUAGACUCUGGCCACAAGCCCCACAUGUCAGACACCAGAAGAAGCCCCAGACUCAAACACCCCCACUCAGCCUCCAGCAGUGAUAGGUUGGACAGUGUGGGGGCAGUAGAAUACCUGGAUGACUUCAGCAGUCUAGACCCUACUGAUGGUGACGGGUUCUCACCUUCAACUGACCUUCUCAGUAGCCCUGAACCUGUUUCAGGUAGGACUAGGGGGAGGAGCCCCGAGCCUGUUGGAGGUGGGAAGACUAGGGGGAGUAGCCCUGAGCCUGUUGGGGGUGGGAAGAUUAGGGGGAGGAGCCCUGAACCUGUUGGGGGUGGGAAGAUUAGGGGAGGAGCCCUGAACCUGUUGGGGAUUAGGGGGAGGAGCCCUGAACCUGUUGGGGGUGGGAAGACUAGGGGGAGGAGCCCUGGGCCUGUUGGGGGUGGGACCAGGGACAAGAGGAGGAGCCGAGUGUCAGGUGACCAUAACUCUGACGGCUCCAGUGUCUCAGAGAGAAGCCAGAGAAGAAGAGUGGCUCCGCCUCUUCCUGUUCCUGUUAAAGCUGAGACGUCUCCCCAGCGCUCCCUGAUGAACACACACGUCAUCAGACCUCGUACCCAGGCCUCAGUCCUUAGCGUCUCCUCUGACAACAGUGUUGGAGACACGCCUGCAUCUAUACACUCAGUCCGCUCUAGAACUCAGCUGGCAGCAAGACCUUGUAGUGGAGGAGCCAUGAGGUCUGGUUCUGGGACUAGAAGAACCUCAACCAACAGGUCUGGUGGCACUUGGUCUCAGGGAGCCAAGGGGUCUUUCUCUGAGAGUCUUAGAGCAUCAAGCCAACUCCGUGACAUCCAUACUGGCUACAUCCCCAAAGAACCCAAGGACAGAGCACCAGACAGAGGAUACUAUGUAGACACCCACACUGACUCCAUACACACUAAGAACAGUAGGUCAGACGGGGGAUACUCUAUAGAGACCCACACUGACUCCAUACACACUAAGAACAGUAGGUCAGACGGGGGAUACUCUGUAGACACCCACACUGACUCCAUCCACACUAAGGACAGGGGGUACUCUGUAGACACCUGCAUCUCUACUGACUACAACUCCUCACCUGAGUCCCACAAGGCUGAAGAUAUAGAAGAGGAGCUAACUGAGGAGAGAGGAGAGGAGCUAACAGGAAGAGAGCUAGCUAAAGAAGCUAUAGAUUAACUGGGUUCUCUGGGGUUCAGUAAUGAGUAGCAACAUGUCUCUGAGCUGGUAGUUAACAAGCUCCCUGGAUACACCUUCUAGAAGACCCACAUGAAGAAUGUGCUUCCUAGGGACAAAUGUAUCAAGCAUCUCAAGGUAGUGCUGCUGAUCUAUGGUCAGAUAUUCCCUGUCCAUAUGAUCCUAAUUGUGAUAUUAAUGGCAAAAACCAGUUAUCCUACUCUAAUGCUGUGUUUACACACUAAUUGGUAUUUUCACCAAUCAGAUCAGUUCUGAAAAUGAUCUGAUAUGAAAAGAUCCUAAGUAAUUGGUCAAAAGACAUAUUAGUGGAAAAGAUAUCAGAAUUGGGCUGCCUGUGUAAACACAGACCAUGAUGCUUGAUACAUAUGGGCCCUGAAAUAGUCCACAUCUGGUUUACUGAUAGAGCAAUGGUGUGGAGACAGAUAUUGUUAGUCAUUCUGAAUUUGGACGGGCGGGAUACUUCCAUUUUAAUAUCUCAUUCUGUACGGCACUAGACUAAACUGAAUGUAAUGUUGUAUCAAUCAUUCAUAAAUACAAAGGGCUAAUUGAAUAAUUUACUUCCAUGUUAGACUAUUAACUGUGUGAGCGGGUUUGGGAAUUCCCUAAUAUGAAUACGUUAUCAAAAAGCAAGACUGUUUUAGUUUAAAAUGUCUUUCCCAAGUUAUUAAAAGGCUUCUGUUUUAUCUAUA